AUGGCAACACCCAUCACUACAUCGUCGGAAGGAGCCUCCGGGAGCUCUACAAAAACCUUUCGCAUCACAGGAGUCCCAAAUGGCUGGGACAAGGAAAAACUCAGGUCUUUCAUGGGCAAUUACUUUCAGGACGUUUCCAUUCAGUCCCUUGCCCCGCGUAUUGACGGUGGGAGUGGCCAAGCAACAGCAAUUCUCGGUGACCAAGUUGGAAAUGCAAAUCCAAGCGGAACCUCUACAAUAGGUGGCCUUACAUGGGACACGGACUUUGUCGGAAUGACGACCCUCUUUGCACCACCUCAAGAUGAUCACAAGCUAGACAUCAUUGCCGUCUCUGGCCUCGGUGGCCAUGCGUUUGGCUCGUUCAAAGAACGAGGUGGCAGUCACAUGUGGCUGCGGGACUCACUCCCAUACGAGAUUUUAGACAAAGUCACUAAGAGACCAGUGGCCCGGGUGAUUAUUUAUGGCCACCGCUCAGAUGUCGCCCAUUCCACAACUAUACAAGGGUUUCCUGACAUAUCCGCAUCUCUCCUACACAGUUUACGUCCUCUGGCGGCCGAGACUCCAACGACGCCCACCAUGUUCAUCGGGCAUAGCCUCGGAGGCAUACUCAUCAAACAAGCUCUCGUUUGUAUAGCGGCGUCAGAGACGCAACAUGAUACACUAGGAAGGCUGCUUCGUGCAACCCGUGCAAUCAUCUUCUUUGCUGUACCCCACAGCGGAAUGCGGAUAGAGGCUUUGACAGAAAUGGCAGACCCGAGUUCCAACGGGCCCUUGAUUAGUUCUCUGAGCUGCGAGAACUCGCCUGCGCUGCAAACAUUGAGGGACGAGUUCAAAAAACUGUGCGACAAGAAGCAGAACUCACUGGGCGAUUGCCGUUUCUUUUGCUUCUCUGAAACAGAACGUUCGAGUACAGCAGCUCAGGAUCACACGGGAAAGUGGCGUAUGAUUGGCCCCAAAGUACUGGCUGUCAGCACUGUAUCUGCGAGAUAUUGCCCUCAGUCAGAGUCUGACGACCUUUGCGUUUGUGAUAUUCAACGUUCGCAUUCCGAUAUAGUCAAGUUCGGUCAAAAUGAUAGUGAGUACGACAAAGUCCGGUCUGUGCUUCGAGACAUGGCACAGCAUACUAUCUUGACUAGAGGAGCCGACUUACACCCGCUGGGUUUCGGUCAGCCACGGGCUGCUUUGGAUCAUGGGAAAUCCAGGGACUGGCAAGUCGACUUGAUCAAGCACAUGAUUCAGCAUAUUCGGCGUCAUCACGCAAAAGGGGCUAUACUUGCGACUUUUUUUUUUCACGACCGUGGAACAGAGCUGGAGCGGACACGACUUGGAUUUUACAGGUCAAUCCUUCAUCAACUUCUUCAGCAAGUUCCCGAUAUUUUGCAUGAAGUUGUCGACAAGUUUCACAAAAGUCAACUUAGCCAGGGCAGAGUUGGCACAGACUGGUAUUGGCGUGAGCAAGACUUGGCAGAGCAUCUCGCAGCGGCCAUAUCCAAGUCGCAUGAAGUAUGGCUAUUCGUGGAUGCGCUGGACGAAGGCGGCUCAAGGACCGCAAAUGGCUUGAUUGAAGAGUUUGCGGCUCUCAUUGGCCAGAGUUCUGCUAGUAACGGGAAGUUGCACGUAUGCUUUACUUGCCGCCGCUUCCCAAUUCCGAGAAUAACUGGUGCCUUUGAACUAGCGAUUGACGAACGCAACAAGCCUGAUAUCGAGACCUUUGUACUGUCCGGUAUUUUGCCAUAUCCUUGCCUUUUGCAAGACGGGAUAGCAGUUGCAAUUAUCGAAGGGGCGAAUGGAAUCUUCUUGUGGGCACGUCUUGCUGUAGACGAGGCUCUCAGGCUUAAGGGGAGUGCGCGGACCUCCCGGCAGAUUUAUAAAGCCAUUAAGCAAAUGCCCAAGGAAUUGGAAGAGCUAUUCGAAUCAAUACUGACCAGCAAGGCAGAUGAGCCUGCAGAAUCUCUGUUACUGAUGCAAUGGAUAUGCUUUGCUCAAGACGUCAUGACAGUACGGGAACUACGAUGGGCCAUUGUCAUGGAUGUCGAGAGACCCGGUGUUGACGACCCCGAAAAGUCGCUUGAUGAUUACUUCGAUGAUGACGCAUAUAUUGGCGAUGACGAAGAUAUGGAGAGACGCAUCGUUGUGCUCAGCUGCGGGCUUGCCGAGGGUUUUGCGGGGCGGGUUUCAUUCAUACACCAAGCCGUCAAAGAAUUCUUCCUCGAUCGAGGCCUUGCUCUUCUCAGAUCUAAUACCAUGUCAGAGAACCGAAGCACAAUAGUGGCUACCGAUGAGCAGAAGAGUGGCCAUUACAGGCUUGCGAGAACAUGCAUUCUCUGUUUUCGUAUGGUCCAACGUUUCAGCUCCUCUGGGCGUGUCGACAGAGAAGAACUUAUCGCAGGCAAGUAUCUCGUUCAGGGUGGAUCACCUUCAACUCUCUUCGCAUGCACCGAUAGCCGCCCAGAUCCCUUCUGA